AUGAUGAUCCAUCGGGAAGCCCGCAUUGCUUUACUAGAGACGGUGGGCUUCGAUCGCAAUACGGUGGUGAAGAUGGCGUCGUCCUGCCCUCCAGUGCUUGGCUAUGAUGUGGAGAGCCGCACUGCCUUGCCAGAAACGGCAGGCUUCCACCGCCAGGCAUUGGUGAAGAUGGUUUCGUCCUUUCCUCGAGUAUCGGGAUAUGAUGUUGAGGGCUGCAUUGCCUUACUAGAAGCGGCAGGCGUCGACCGCAAGGCAGUGAUGAAGAUGGCGUCGCCCUUAUCUUCAGUGCUGCGCCUUGAUGUGGAAAGUCGCAUAGUCGUGCUAGCGGCGGCAGGCUUCGACCGCAAAGCAGUGAUUAAGAUUGCGUCGUCCGUGCCUCAAGUGCUGCGCCUCGAUGUGGAGAGCCGCGUUGCCUUGCUAGUGGCGGCAGGCUUCGACCGCAAGGCAGUGGUGAAGAUGACGUCGUCUUUUCUUUCAGCGCUUUGCCUCGAUGUGGAGAGCCGCAGUGCAUUGCUAGCGGCGGUGGGCUUCGACCGCAAGGCAAUGGUGAAGAUGACCGCCCUGCUAGCGGCAGCUGACUUCGACCGCAAGGCAGUGGUGAAGAUGGCAAUUUUACGCCCUCGAGUGUUGGGGUAUGUUGUGGAGGGACCCCUUGCCCUGCUAGGCGCGGCAGGCUUCGACCGCAAGGCAGUGGUGAAGAUGGCGUCGUCUUUUCUUUCAGCGCUUUGCCUCGAUGUGGAGAGUCGCAUUGCAUUGCCAGCGGCGGCAGGCUUCGACCGCAACUCAGUGGUGAAGAUGGCGUCGUCCUUUCUUCGAGUGUCCCUUUAUGUGGAGAGCCGCAUUGUAUUAAUAGCGGCGGCGGGCUUCGAUCGCAAUACAUUGGAAACGAUGAUGUCGUCCUACCCUCCAGUGUUGGGCUAUGAUGUGGAGAGCGGCAUUGCCUCGCCAGAGACGGCAGGCUUCGACCGCAAGGCAGUGGUGAAGAUGGCGUCGUCCUUAUCUUCAGUGCUGCGCCUUGAUGUGGAGAGUCGCACUGCCUUGCUACCGGCGGCGGGCUUCGACCGCAAGGCAGCGGUGAAGAUAGCGUUCUCCUACCAUCCAGUGCUGGGAAUUGAUGUUGAGAGCCGUAUUGCCGUGCUAGCCCUGGCAGGCUUCGACCGCAAGGCAGUGAUGAAGAGGUCGUCGCCCUUAUCCCCAGCGCUGCGCCUUAAUGUGGAUAGUCGCAUUGCCGUGCUAGCUGCGGCAGGCUUCGACCGCAAGGCAGUGGUGAAGAUGACGUCGUCCUUUCCUUCAGUGCUGGGCUUUGAUGUGGAGAGCCGCAUUGCAUUGAUAGCGGCGGCGGGCUCCGACCGCAAAGCAGAGGUGAAGAUGGCGUCGUCAUUUUCUCAAGUGCUGCGCCUUGAUGUGGAGAGUCGCAUUGCCUCGCUAGCGGCGGCAGGCUUCGACCGCAAGGCAGUUGUGAAGAUGGCGUCUUCCUUUCUUCAAGUGUUGGGCCUUGAGCUGAAGAGCCGCAUUGCCGUGCUAGCUGUGGCAGGCUUCGACCGCAAGGCAGUGGUGAAGAUGGCUGUCUGCGAGCGGAUGUGCGAGCGGGUCGUCGUGCAGGGUGGGCAGCAGCACAACACGGCAGGUGAGCAGGCCAAGUCCUCCGAGGCAAAGGACGACGAGAAGGACACCAAGGACAAGGAUGGCGACGGUGCCGCGAAGGAGAACGGGGCCACGGAAAAGGCCAAGGCGGGCACCGACAAGGCCGAGAAGGUAGACAGGAAGCGCAGGAGCCGCAGCAAGAGCGGGAGCCGCAGCCGCUCCAAGGGCUCCGGGGGCGGCCGCGCCCGCUCCAAGGGCGGGCGCAGCCGCUCCAAGCGCGACCGGAGCCGCUCCAAGGGGGGCCGCGGCCGCUCCCAGGGAGGCCGCAGCCGCUCCAAGGGGGGCCGCAGCAAGUCCAGAGGGGGGCGCAGCAGGUCCAAAGGGGGGCGCAGCAAGUCCAAGGGCGGCAGGAGCCGCUCCAAGGGGGGCCGCAGCCGCUCGAGGGGCGGCCGGAGCCGCUCCAAGGGCGGGCGCAGCCGCUCCCGGGGCGGCCGGAGCCGCAGCCGCUCGGACAGCCGCAGCCGCAGCCGCAGCCGGGGCCGACGGGGGCGAGAUCGCAGAG